GCAGCUCAAAUAUGACAAAUAACAGUUAACUUCUUCCGGGUCGCACUCUGCCCUGAUGUAAACAAAAACAUGAGGUCGAAACUAGCGUCUGUUCAGUGAAUUCGACAUACAAAAUAGACUCACAUUAGUUGUCCUCUGUGUGUUCAUGUGUAUUCCGGAACAUUUAACACAGUUCUGUGCUCCUCUUCGGCCAUGCUGUUCCUCCGGACUGCGGCUCUCAGCUGCAGAGCUCUGACCGCUCUUCGCAGCCUGCCCUCCGACUGCACAGCAUUCAGAACCACCGCUUCAUACAUCCAGGGCCAGAGCCCCGAACCACGUAUCCGAGAAUACUUUUACUACAUCGACCACCAAGGACAACUUUUCCUCGAUGACACCAAAGUGAAGAACUUUGUUACCUGCUUCAAAGAUAAAAAGUUCCUGGUCUUCUUCUUCAGUCGGCUGCGUUCAAAUCAGAGUGGUCGUUACGAGGACUUCCCCUUCUUGUCUCUGUGUGGCAGGGAGAGGAACUUCCUGCGCUGCGAUGACCGUCCUGUGGUCUUCACACACUUGCUGCAGAGUCCAGAUCAGGAUCUUCUGUCAUAUUGCGGCGGGGCAGAAAAGCUAACGUUCCCGUUCCGCCCAGAAGCUCUGUACAUGCAUCCUGUCACAGGACGAGUUUACCACCCCUGCUCAGAGCAGGGAGGGAGUGUCGGCCUGGUCAGGUCGGCGCUGGCCAUUGAACUCAGCCCGUUUUUUGUUUAUGAUUCAGAGCAGGGUCAAUCAGGAGAACCCACGCAUAUUAUCUGGGGAGAACAGAAGCACAAACUUAGCAAUGAGCUUGCAGGAUGUCUCCCCGCUGUAGAGAACAGUGGUGGACAGCAGGGAGAGCUGGGGUAAUGAUAAAGCUGCUUAGAGGUAUACCUUUUGAUUCUGAAAUACCUGCAGUAGGAAAAGAUAACUACUAAAGGUUGCAAUAUGGCUGUUAAAGUUUGAAGCCUCCUGAGCAUUCAAUUAUAUUGAUUAUAGCAGUUAUUAUAAGACUUCAAGCCAAGCCCUGUCUGCUUGAUUAUAUUUGUGGUUCUGGAGUGGUAGGAGAAAGCAGACACCAGGAAACAGUCCAAAAGAUGAACAGUUUGUAACUGGGUAUGGAGGUCAGGGAUCUUCCCCUCUACACUCUCUUGAAUAUCAUCCCCAAGUCUGAUAAAUUUAUCACCAUGACCCACUUUGAGUCUGAGUCUAAGAUGCUGAAAUCUACCACAGUGUCAUAGUCAUGCAGGUGUGUAUGCAUGUUUGAUGAUAUCAUCCAUUCACAUGUACAUCAGAUAACUACAAAACUGUAGUUAUCUCAGGGAGGUAAUUAAGCAAACUUGCAUAAGGAAGGAGAGUAGUUACAUGGCACAUGCUUCACAAAUAGAACAUCAUACAAAGUUAAUAUAUUAUAAUAAAUUAGGCUGUGAUUGAAAAGGAAGUAAAAAUAUAAAACAGCUUGUGUUUUAACAAAGAAAGAAAACAGUUUGUAACUCAAAUGUGUGGAAGAGAAACAAAUCAAACUUUGCAGAAAUGAUCUUAUACGGAUUGUACACAGAAGAUUUCAAAUGAAAUAAAAUGAGAUUAUAUGAAUAUUUUUUUCUUGUUUGUUAAGUUGCAUUUAAGGACAUUAAGUGGUUAUGCUGGAAUUGCCAAAGGGACAUUUAAUUAGUAAAUAUGCCUCUUCUAUUGAAUCUCCUGUGAGGAACUUUCGUUAGUGUUGAUUUUGGCGCCCUCUGUGGACAAAGUGGUGCAUCUCAUGUCUUUGCUGAUCUUGUCCUUUACAUGAAGUGUUGUUGGAUAAAUAUCUUAGAUGCUGUCUUUGAACAGUCAUAUGUAUCACCUAUCCAGAGACUUUGCUGUGGAGAAUAUGAAUCAAUCAGACUUUAUCUGUAUUGCAUUUUUCAUACAACUAACUUCUUAACAUAAACAGAAUAUCAUUAAAAAUCCAAACCCUGAUACAUCAAACCAACUAAAUACAAACAAUACACGGAAAUAAACAAAUAACUCUGUAAAACAGACGGAGAUUCAAAAUAAAUACAGAAAUAAGUAAAUAGAGUUUCUUCUAGAGGUUUAUUUUUUUUCAGGCAUGAGAAACACUAUUUCGAUAUACUCUAUCUCAGUGCUGAUGGUCACAUUCGCUAUUAAUUUCAGUCUGUUUCAUAGCCAGCUGAAAAAUGUUUGUGCAUGUACUGAAUCAUGUUUUGAUUGCAGGGCUUGUGUUUGUACAUUUUACAGUGAUAGUUUUUGAGUAUUUUUGCACCACUGAUCCUAUUUGAAGACAGGGCCUCAUGGAUGACCAUAACAGAGAAAGGUGAUAAUUUUUGAAAGUGUCUGCUGCCCAAUAAAUAAUACAAUCUAUUGAGUCAUCUCAUUAAAUGCUCACUGGAUGACGCCACCUGAAACUGGAACAGUGAGUUUUCACAGCUCAUCGUGCCUUGCCCUGCCUGUGGGGUAUUUGAAGAAACGCUGCUCUGUUGUUGCCUCAGUAGGUGAGGGAGUCAACGUGGGCUUCUGAGAACUGCAAGUCCCAGAGAUCUCAGCAUCAGUAAACCUGGAGCCAGGGCUUUGACAGCAUGGCAGCGCCGAUCAGCAACACAUGCGAGGUUAUGGAGCGAUCCAUCCGGGAGCGGGUCCCUCCGUUGCUCACGGACCUGUACCAGUUCACCAUGGCGUACGCGUACUGGCGGGCUGGCCGACAUCAGGAGCCCGCUGUCUUCGAGCUCUUCUUCAGGGACAACCCGUUCGGCGGUGGCUUCUCGCUGUUCGCAGGGCUGCACGACUGUCUGCUGUUCCUGCGCAGCUUUCGCUUCACUGACGAAGAUGUUGAGUUCCUGCGCUCUGUGCUGCCCCCAACCACUGACCCCGCCUUCUUCAAGUUCCUGCGGGAGCUGGACUGCUCGGGCGUCACACUACGCUCUGUUCCAGAGGGCACUGUGGUGUUUGCCAGGGUUCCUCUGAUGGAGGUGUCAGGACCGCUGGCUGUGGUUCAGCUUCUGGAGACCAGUUUACUGUGUCUGGUCAACUACGCCAGUCUGGUGUGCAGUAAUGCUGCCCGCUUCCGCCUGGCAGCCGGCCCCAGGAGGAAGCUGCUUGAGAUGGGCCUCAGGAGGGCUCAGGGACCAGAUGGAGGCCUCACUGCCUCACGAUACACAUAUAUUGGAGGGUUUGAUCUCACCAGUAACGUUCAGGCUGGUUUCCUGUUUGGGAUCCCUGUCGCGGGGACCAUGGCGCACUCAUAUGUCACAUCUUUUACCUCCCUGGAGGAGGUCUGGCCUCAAACUCUUGUAGCAGUGAACGGGGACCCUGAUCCAGUUGACAUAAUUUCACUGACAAAGGGCUGGUUGAGUCGCGUGUGCGAGCUCCUCAAAGCACAGCCAGGGAAGAUCAAUGAGGGAGAGCUGGCUGCCUUUUUAUCCUACGCCAUUGCUUACCCUCAAAACUUCCUCCCUGUGGUUGACAGCUACAGUGUUAAGUGCAGCGGCCUGUUGAACUUCUGUGCCGUGGCCCUGGCUCUGUGUGAACUCGGCUACAGGCCUGUGGGAGUCCGUCUCGACAGUGGGGACCUCUGCAGGCAGUCGAUAGACGUCCACCGUGUCUUCAGACUCUGCAGCGAGCAUUUCUCCAUCGCUGCCUUUGAUUCAUUGAUCAUUGUUGGGACCAAUAACAUCUCAGAGGAAAGCAUGGCAGAGCUCAACAAUAAGGAGAAUGAGAUCAGUGUGGUCGGUGUUGGAACACAUCUAGUCACCUGCACAAAACAGCCCUCCCUGGGAUGUGUGUAUAAGCUGGUGGAGGUGAGAGGGACGCCCAGAAUGAAGAUCAGUGAGGACCCAGAGAAGAGCACUGUCCCGGGGAGGAAAGCUGUCUACAGGUUGAUAGACGCUGAAGGUCAUCCGUUCCUGGACCUGGUGAGUCUGGCUGCGGAGACUCCUCCAGAGGCGGGAGUCCCUCUGAGCUGUUAUCCUUUGGGAUGCAAAAGCUCUUCUACCUCCUUCACUCCAGCUCAGGUCACCUGUCUACGUCAGGAGGUGUUUAUCAAGGGACAGGUCACACACCCUCUGUGCAGCGCUGCAGAAACUAGAGCAAAGGUCCAGAGCUCCCUCCAGACUCUGCACCCUCGACACAAGAGGCUGCAGGAGCCUGACUCAUACACAGUGGCGCUUACAGAGAAACUCCACAGCCUGGUCACAGAGAUUAGGCAAGGAAGUUCCAACAACAGCAACUUUCUCUUGGCCAACUAAAUAUUAUUCAGAUUUGAGCUGUUCCUCUCCUUGUCUUUUUAACCUCACUCUGUCAAAGUGCCUUAUGGGAAAAUAUGUUUGUUGUGAUAACAUUGUUAACGCCAUCCUCUUGAGGUUUACACACAGAUGUUCAAAGCUUAUGUAUAGACACGAUUUCAGUGAACUAAAAUCUGCUGGGAACUCUGGUUUUAAGUAAGACACUGCCAGACUAUUUGAACUGAUGAGAGUCAGUCUUGAUCCGUAUGUCAUCAGAGCGAUGUGGACGUAUAGAAAACUAGUAUACAGGCCUUGUGUUUGCUCUCUCUCUUUUUUUUUAAUGAGUUUUAGAAAGCACACUUAAACUUAGACUUAACUGGAGAGAAGUGUAGCAAAUACAAUCUAUUCAUAUUUAGUUUUUCAGGAGAUUUUAUCAACAACUGGUGGCCAUGUUGUGUCCUCCCUUUGACAUAGUUAUUGCUCAGUUAUUCCCUGGUUAGUAAAUAGACUUUAAAUCAGAACUUGAUUAUAACUAUUAGUAAAUGUUGGGUCAGGAAAUGCAGGUUUUUGUAGCUUAAUCUUCCAAAACAUGUAUAAUGAAGAAAGUAGUACAAAUAUUUCUAAUUUUAUGUACAGUUUCAGUAAAUUACCUCUUCCACAGUUAAUAAAGAAAUAGGAAUUAAAAUUGACAAACUGAGUUGUUUUGCAAUGCAGGAACCAACCUAAUCUAAAGAAUUGACUCGUUACCGGCGCUUUACGUCACAAAAUUGCAAGAGUUCAAUGUUUGCAUUUUUCUUUCUCUUCACUCUGAUUUAUCUAGAACUGUUUAGUCUCAUUGUUAAAUAUCCACAGGAUCUUUGUUAUGCUUAAAACUGCAGUUAUCAGCUGUUUUUGUCACACAUAUUUAAAAAGCAGACACACUUUGAGACAUGCUGGUGAACAGAGUGGAGCAUUUAUCAGGUACAGAGGCUGAUAUCUCUCCAACUCUCUGCUGCAGGACAUGUGAGACGUGUUUCUGUGGCCUCUGAUUGGCUGCCUGCUGACCAGUGGUAGUAGAAAAUCUCACAUAUGGCACUGAUUAGACACGGAGAGGCUGUGAUGUCAUCAGUGUCUCUCUGAGGUGGUCAGCCCCCGAGGUGAAUCUCACACUCUGAGCCUCCAGCCUAAGUUUUUGAUUUCACAGCCUAUUAGCAGAUGUGACGCUCUGCUGGUGCACAGAAUUGAAUCUGUUUAUGAUGAACACUUCUAUUUAUCACCAGGACUGGAGAAAGAAGUCGAGUUGAGUAAAAGUAGAAUCGACAAAAUAUAAUCAAAUGCAGGUACAAGACAAAGAAAGGCCUGCAACAGUACAACAAGGUGUAAGGGGGUAAUUCAUAUUUGUGAUUUUGAAUAUUUAAUUUGUCAAAACAAAUGAAUUAAAGCUGUCUGUCAUCUUCGA